UCGCUUCACUCAUUCAUUCUUAUGGGGGUCUUCUGCUGCCUGUCAAUGGCUCGGAUCUGAUGAGGGACCCCCCCUGCACCCCAGCUCUUUCCUUCCUAUUCUAUUGCACCAGCUGGAGCUUGGAUUUUUGCAUUUGCAAUGGCAACUGACGGAAUGGGGGUCGGAGAAUCUGGAGGGGUUUGCUUGGACUGCAACGGGUCUGAUCUCUUAAUUGUUCUCCAGGGACCACUGCCGGUUACUUUUUAACCCCCACCCUUCAAUCCCCCCUUCCCCAACCUCUACCUGCUUGAGAUUGACCAAGGAGCAUUGCACAUCAUCUCACCUGAUUGCAUGGGAGCCCUACCGUAGAAGAAGAAGACCCAUUCAUGCUAAGAGCAAUACGGUCCUUCUUGAAGACCUGGGUCCAGAGCCAUGGCCAGUGGCCACCUGUGAGCUGCAAUCUACACUGAGAGCAGAGGGUAGUUUGCUGGUCCUUGGCCUCUGCUGGAUAUGUCCAUGUUAACCUGAAGAUGGAUUUAACUUUCGUUGUCUUGUGGCUAUUGACACUUUUCAUUGAAGGCAUCUGUAGCCAAGGGGUUUAUGCACCGCCAACUGUUCGGAUUAUCCACUCGGGGCUGGCGUGUAAUAUAGAAGAAGAGCGGUAUUCAGAACGGGUCUACACGAUAAAGGAAGGAGAGACGUUAGAGCUGACAUGUCUGGUGACCGGACACCCAAGGCCACAGAUCAGGUGGACCAAAACAGCAGGAAGUGCAUCCGAUAGAUUUCAAGACUCCAGUGUCUUCAACGAGACCUUGAGGAUUACAAAUAUCCAGAGGCAUCAAGGAGGAAGAUACUACUGCAAAGCAGAAAAUGGGCUGGGCUCUCCUGCAAUAAAGUCUAUCCGAGUGGAUGUAUACUAUUUGGAUGAUCCCAUUGUGACCGUACAUCAAAGUAUAGGAGAAGCCAAGGAGCAAUUCUACUAUGAGAGAACUGUUUUCUUACGUUGCAUUGCUAACUCCAAUCCACCCGUCCGGUAUAGCUGGAAACGGGGCGAGGAGAUCCUUCUCCAGGGCUCUGAUAAAGGUGUGGAGAUAUAUGAGCCUUUCUUCACCCAGGUAGGAAAUAAGGGUGAAACAAAAAUUCUGAAGCUGAAAAAUCUUAGACCUCAGGAUUAUGCCAAUUACAGCUGUAUUGCCUCAGUGCGAAAUGUCUGCAACAUCCCAGACAAGUUGGUUUCCUUCAAGCUUUCCAACAGAACUGCAUCUCCGUCCAUUAAACUCCUGGUGGAAGAUCCUAUUGUGGUCAAUCCGGGCGAAACGAUAACGUUAGUGUGUGUCACGACAGGUGGAGAACCAGCGCCAACAUUGACUUGGGUUAGAUCUGUUGGAAAUCUUCCAGAAAAGGUUGUGCUAAAUAGUGGAACGCUAACCAUACCAUCCAUCAGCUCUGAAGAUGCCGGGACCUAUAGCUGUGUCGCCAAUAACAAUGUCGGCAAUCCUGCCAAAAAGUCCACGAGUAUAAUAGUAAGAGCUUUAAAAAAAGGACGUUACUGGAUAACCCCCGAUCCCUACCACAAAGACGACAACAUCCAAAUUGGCCGAGAGGUGAAGAUUUCCUGCCAGGUGGAAGCUGUUCCAUCCGAGGAACUUACCUUCAGUUGGUUUAAAAAUGGGCGUCCUUUACGGAGUUCUGAAAGGAUGGUGAUAACUCAGACGGACCCCGACGUCUCUCCGGGCACCACCAAUCUGGAUAUCAUCGAUCUAAAGUUUACAGACUUUGGGACGUACACAUGCGUUGCUUCGCUUAAAGGGGGAGGCGUUCCGGACAUCAGCAAUGAUGUGAACAUAUCUAGCAGCACAGUUCCACCAAAUCUCACAGUUCCAAAAGGCAAGUCCCCAAUGGUGGCCAGAGAAGGAGAUACCAUCGAACUGCAGUGCCAAGUGUCUGGGAAGCCCAAGCCCAUUAUCAUGUGGUCCAGAGCGGACAAAGAAGUGCCAAUGCCGGAUGGAUCCAUGCAGAUGGAGAGCUAUGAUGGAAUAUUAAGGAUAGUCAAUGUUUCCCGAGAUAUGACGGGAACCUACAGGUGUCAGACAAGUCAAUACAAUGGAUUUAAUGUCAAGCCCAGAGAAGCUUUGGUUCAGCUGAUUGUACAAUAUCCUCCUGCCGUUGAACCAACCUUUCAAGAAAUCAGACAAGGUUUAGGUACCAGCGUCACCAUGAACUGCAGGGUCUUGCGAGCUUACCCCACGCGGGUUCUCAUGUAUGAAUGGAGACUGGGGAGCAAACUGCUAGAGAAGGGGCAAUUCGACUCUCAAGAUUACACGGAGCUGACUGUGAACAUCCACGCCAAGGAAAACUAUGGCACAUACAACUGCAGCAUCAUUAAUGAAGCCGGAUCUGGACGGUGCAGUUUUCUUGUAACAGGGAAGGCCUAUCCCCCCGAAUUCUACUACGAUACCUACAACCCACUAUGGCAGAGCAAAGCCAGCGUCUACUCCUACAGUUUACAGUGGACGCAGAUGAACCCGGACGCGGUGGACCGAAUACUGGCGUACCGCUUGGGACUUAAGCAGGCAGGUCAGCAGCGCUGGUGGGAGACAGAGAUUUCAGUUGACGGACCCAUUAGAAGAGGUGAAUUAAUAACCAAUAACUUGACUAAACUUGUCAAGCCAGAGCCUUACGAAAUCCGACUUACCCCUAUCAACCGAUUUGGAGAGGGGGACUCAGCCAUUCGAAUUAUCAAGUACAGCGCUCCAAUUAAUCCACAUUUACGGGAGUUUCACUGUGGAUUUGAAGAUGGUAACAUCUGCUUGUUCACCCAGGAUGACACCGAUAUUUUUGACUGGACAAAGCAAAGUGCCAGCACAAGGGAUACUAGGUACACACCAAACACAGGGCCCACCACAGAUGCCGGAGGAUCCAAGCAAGGCUUCUACAUGUACAUUGAGACAUCUCGCCCCCGCUUGGAAGGAGAAAAGGCCCGACUACUUAGCCCAGUCUUUAACAUCGCACAGAAGAACCCAUAUGGGUCCGGCAAUACAGCUUAUUGUUUUAGCUUUUUCUACCACAUGUAUGGAAGACAUAUAGGGAGCUUGAACACAUUCCUUCGACUCAAAGGGCAAGCCAGCACCGAAAUACAAAUCUGGUCGGCCAUUGGAAAUAAAGGAGAGCAGUGGCAUCAAGCCCGUAUUAAUAUACACCCAACGGCAUCAUUUCAGAUAAUAUUUGAAGGUGUUCGGGGUCCUGGGAUUGAAGGCGACAUCGCUGUAGAUGACGUGUCGAUCAUUGAGGGAGAAUGUGCGAAGGUGGAUCAGCCAGUCACUUCUCCACCUUCCGGAGUCAAAGUGUCUGGGACUAUAUUACAUAUAUGGCUGUAUCCAGUUUUCCUUUUCUUUUCUUUUUUAAGUCAUCAGAGGUGACCAUAUCCUGGCAGAGGCUACAAAAGGUUCACUAGGCACUGGUACGAAGAACGAGUCUUUGUAAAUGGACAACUGCAUAAAAAACAAUCUACCAAAGAUUCCUCCACUUGGGCACUGGGAAUUACUGGAACCCGGGACACAAAUUGUUAUUACAAGUAUGCUUGGGACACAAACUAACUGAGAGACCUUCCAGUGCUUCUGUGGCUUUCAAGAAUAAUCUGAAUAUUCUCUUAAAGGAAGGAAUUACGAGAAUCCUUGUCAAAGCACAACGUCAUGGCUGGUUUUCUUUCAAAUGAAUAGAGUUUGCUUGUUACCAUGGACACCUAAUGGCCUGCCAACCGAAACCUCACAGUUAACAGGGUACACGAAGAUCUGGCAUUUAUUUUGCAUUCAAAAAAGUUUUCCGUCUGGAACAAGUAUCAGUAAGCCCUCUUGCCUUGGCUGCCCACCAUCCAAAACAAGACCUCUGUAGACCAUGUGCUCCACAUCAUCACCUAGCUUUGCUAAUGAAAGGUAUGCCGUAUCGUUUUUUGCAUGUAGACGUUUUCAAGGAAGAGCAGCUUAGUCUUACAAGCUUUUUUUUUCCAGCUCUGGGGACUCUGCUUGCUUGUGGACACCAAGUCACCACCAAGCCCAUCAUCAGCUGUAAUAAAGAAACCAAACCACCACCUUUUAUAAAAUGCCAGGAAACCAAGUGCCUUCAAUUAACAAGCCUGAAAAAGAUAGCUGAACAAGCUUGCACUGCUGUGAGUGGUUUGUGGAAAUGAAAAAUAAAAUAAAACACAACAAAAAAAUGGAAAAAUUUUGUAAGCAAACUGCAAUUCAUGAAUAUAGAAAGCAGGCCAGAUUUUUACAAAAAAAUUGCUACAAAAAUACAUGGACUUAAGUUGCUGCAUAAUCUCUUUUGAAACAUAUACAUAUAUAGAUCGAGACAUGUAUUGUUUUUGGAUUGUUUUUUCAAAAACAGCCAUGGCUUUCUCGCCUAUUACCCAUUUGACAGUAUCUUAUACCUUGCUCUGCAAAAAUUGGAAAGAUUGACUUUUCCUCUAUCUACAACUAGGGUGGUUUGAAAAGUUGUCCAAGGACUUUCGAUAUGAUAUUUUAUUUAUUUUUUUUUAAUGGGGAAAAAAAAAGAUUUUCUUACUCUUAUCUACAUUUGAAAUGAAAUCAGUCUGAUCUCAAGAGGAAAAUGUUCUGAGUAUCUAAGACUAUGGCUCGAUUGACCCAACAGAAACACUGGGUCUGAAUUAUUAGUCUUCAUUAAAAAAAAACAAAAAAACAAAAAAAAUAAAAAUGCAAGGGUCCGAUGCCUCUGCCCGCUAAUCAGACUUUGUGCAGAUUGUGACAUAGUAUUUUAUUAUUUUGGCAAGUUUGAAAAAAAAAAAAAAAAAAAGAAAAUACACUUUUACAUAAAACUGUAAAAAAAUGACUGAGCUACCUGAUUAAAUUCCAUACCUUAACCAGCC